CUAGGGUGACAGUGUGUUUGAAAAAAACAAAACAAAAAAAACCCAUAAAUAAUAUACAAAAAUAAAAUUUUGGCUAAGAUUAAUGAAAAAAGAUUAUUUAUUUGCUAAAUUUUAUAAGAAAAAUUUUUUCAAAAGUAUUGGACUUAUUCAUCUAUAUAGCAAAAAAAUAAAAAUCCCAGUGGUGAAAAAAUACUACCAAAAUAAAGUUUUAUCUGUCUCAAAAAAAAUGCUAAAAAAUUCAUAUGGGUACAGUGUUGCAUGACUACGCAAUUGUCAUUCAAAUUGUGACAACGCUGAAAGCUGAAAAUUGGCCUGGGCAGGAAGGGGGUAAAAGUGUCCGGACUUGAAGUG